AUGAACAAAGUUUACGUAUUGGGAAACGUUUCUUUGAGCUGUCAGGCGCUUCGGGGUAACAAAGCGAGGAGUCAGACCCCGUUAAAAGUGCUUAUUGGAUCAGAAGUCAGUCUUGGAGAUCUGAAUGAAGCCGGAAUUACUUCAAGCCAGGGUACUCUUUCACCCACUAUACUCGACUUCAUCGAGGGCACCCGCGUCUACCUUGAGUCGUUGAACGAACCCUCUGCGAUGGUAGUGACUAUGUUCAGCAGCAACACUGCCUCUGCUACUACCACUGUUGGCGUUGGACUCGGUGGAUCUACGACGGUCGUAGCCCCCUCUUCCUCUGUUACUGCCGUGACUGCUUCUUCCCUCUCCUCCGCUACCACCACCGCCGUCGCCACAUCUAUCAACUCCCCCGUUGUCGCAGCUCCUGGUGGCGGAAUGGUAGUUGGAACGGUCGCGACUUGCGGUGUGCCCGGCGCACCGACAUCCAAUGUUGUCGGUGGUGUUGGUGGAGGUGUUAGUGGUAGUGGUGGUGGUGGAGGAAGUGGUGGCGGGGCUGCAGGGGUGAGCGGAGGUUCCGCGCAGAAUCCUUCUGUGGCUGCUGCCACCACCACACCCUCGGCAACUGCUGCUGCUUCUGCAGCCCCCGCACAUGCUCCCACUGGUGUGGAUCCGAUAGUGAUAACGGAAAUGCGACUUUACUUUUGUGUUUUUAUAAGGGAUCUUAUUCGUCACUUGCCGCGUGAACGGCGACAGCGACUCUUGCCUCCUGCGAUUCGACGCAAUCUGGUUCUUCUCAUCGCACGCUGGAGUGGCUUCUAUGAGCACAUGCACAAUGCCAGAGACAUCAAAUGGGGUCAACCACCCUGGAUUGAUCAUUUGUCUGGCUCCCUAACCGAGAGCAAGCACCCUAAUCCUCCACCCCCACCUCCUCCGCCUCCCGCGGGUAUGGAUCAGGUCAUCUCCGGUGAUCUGGUUCUCUCCAUCUCUGGAGUGCAUCUGGACUCCACGCCCCAGGAUCCCUUUAUCGCCGCUUCCUUCCUCUAUAACUCCAUUUGGCUGGAGUUACUCUGGUACGCUAACCAGUCUAUUGCUGCACUGGUCUGCUGCGGCGCCAUCUACGACACCUUCGCCCUAUUCACCGUUCCCACUGUCACCAAUCGGCUUGCUGAGGUUUUCGACGCCAGUCUAAGUGGUUCGGGGGUGGGGCACCAGCUCCACCAAACCUCCACUAAUACCUCCACCACAGCUGGCACAGGCGCUGCUACUUCUACCUCAUCAUCCAACGCCGCCUCUUCCGUCACUGUGGUGGAGGAUGAAUGCGGUCCACUGACCCUGUCUACUGUAGCCACUACCCCACUUGUCUCCAAUUCUGCGCAGGCUCUGAGCUCUACUGUUAUCACCACACCGCCAGGAUCGGGAUUUUCGUCAUCAGGAGGGCAACCGGCACCAGGGUACAUCUUUCAUUGGUUGAAGGGGCUGUUGCUGUGUCGGGACGGAAAGCUCAGUAUAUCGCCGUGGUUGUGGGGCCUACCGGUGGUUAAUUUUGGGGUCUGUUCAACGGCUCUCAAAGGCCCACAUGCCAAGACGGGAGUGCAGAAUGUUCGGUUGGAGGAUAAUUUAAGAUCUAUUGUAAUUGCCGCAGCAGCGGGCCGCCGGUUGGACUCGCUCUUUCGUCAACUAGGGGAAGAGACUUUGGUGAUUCUACUGGAUAUGAACUCGGACCUCCCAGGCCUUCUGGAGGCCCUCAUUAAUCAAUGCUACACCGGUUCAUUGAAUGCUAUCCAGGCUUUUUUCGUUAUCAUCACACAACAUUUCAUCAAAAAUCCCAAAACGCAUUGUGACAAGUUUGUUAUGCUUACACUGGCCAUGGUGUUCUCCGAACACUCCGUGCCUGUGAUUCGCGAACACGCCGUAUUUCUUCUACAAACUCUCUACUACCAUUUCUUCCUUCUGCCUGCUCGGGAGCUUCACCAACGCAUGCAUCCGGAAUGUAAACAAAUGAUCACAUCAACCCCGGUAGCGGGUGAUUCUGAUGAACUGAACGACAGCCAAACAGAAUUAUGUCUAUCUGCGCUAGCGGACGAACUACUCUGGCGUGAGAUUAGUCACUGGAAGCCCUGCGAUGUUCUCAGGCAAUUUUGUGCUCAACAUCCCACCUGUACACUUCCCAUGAUAUCCGGUAAAUAUCCCGCAAAGCGAAGUCUUUCUACCUUUUCUCGCUCUAAUUUACCUUUGGUUCGGUCCGUUGCAGAAAUUUGUCGACGUUUAGCAACAGCUUCCAGUGAGGUGCGAUGUCGUCUGAUCAAGUUGUUGCACUACUGGACCAUCAACAUUGAACUGGUCGAUUUAUUCGCCCUAGGCUAUAGUGGCAAAAACAAUACACCACGUGGCCUUGGCGAUGGUUUCAUGGAGACUUACUCCGGUUGUCCUGAAGAUACUUCCACAGUCGCGACUCUGGAACCCAUAUCUCUAUCAGGAAAGAUUGAUGUGGUAACCACCUCGGGACCUAGUUCUGGCUCAGAGGUGGAUGAGGAGGAUGCUAACAGACAACACUCCUCCUCCGCCUCUUCUGAUUCCUCCGCGUCAUCAUCUUCGGCUUCUUCAUCUGUUUCAUCCUCGGAUUCUUCUUCCUCUUCCUCUUCCCAUUCAUCAUCAAUUUCUACGGGCUCUUCCAAUAUCGAUUCCGGUGAAUGUGGUUCCAGUGCGGCAGCGACGUCAAAUGUGGCGGUACUGAGAAAGCCUCAACGUGAACACAAGUCUAGUCAUCGGCCCUAUCGCAAUCAUGAAGACACUCGUCGAAGUAAUCAAAGACGCAUUUCGGACCAGUCAUCGAAACCCGAAAUCGAAGGGGAGAGGCAGAAAGCAAGCGAGCUGUGGGCCAGUGUUCCGCUCACGUUGCGAAGAUCUGGAUGGGGAUGCUUAAAGGCAACCAAGAUGGUGCUGAACAACUUCUUCUACCUCACCAUCCGCUUUGCAAAUGAGCCUAGUGAAGCGUCAGUUCUGGAAGAUCUCUGGGUUUUUCUCAUACGUUACCGACCAGCGAAUCUGCGGUUCAUUCUACGCUACCUCAUUGUCACUGCUUCUCUAGCUCCAGCCACACUUUGCUCUCACGUGAACCGCGUGGUCUCCUUCCUUGCAAAUGAGGAUCCUUCUAGUGUAGUGGAUGUGCUGAUGACCGAGCUGCAGACUAUCGACGGCGCAGGUCUCAUGAUCGAGCCCUCACCCUUCCCACCCUUUUUCCACAUCGCCCUCCUCUCUGACCUCACGGAGCACAAUUCCGCCGCCUCUACUAGUGCUACUAAUGCUGCCACUACCACCGCUGCGAGUGUAUUGACGGUCGCCGGGACAGAGUGCAGACAGCGCCUGACUAAUCCCUCCGAAGCCAUUACCUUCAGCCAGAGGAACAGUGAGGUUCAUGGACUCCUUGCUGAUGGUGGCAGUGUGACGACCGUCGAUGCGGAUCAUCAGGCUGCAAGUGUUCGACCAGUGUCCGCCUGCAGUGGUGGCUGGCAGUUGAAUGGAGGCGGCGAUGAAAGUACCAUUAUCUCAACAAAAUCCACCGUUGAGCCCUCUUCGCUCGCUAAUACCACCUCAGCCAUCUCCCGUCUCACCAAUCGCUUUGCAAGCAGCGCCACCGCAAUGGGUCGUCGGGCUCUCCGAACUGCCCUCCAUCCUGGUGGCCUUCGACAAUCCAAGGCCUCUGUCAAUCAUGAUCAGGAACAGCCUCAGGAAAUUGACAUUGAUUCUCUUGAUGGGGAGGUGGAGGAGGAAUGUGGGAUGGUGCGGACAACUGCCGACACCAUGCCGACGCCGCAGAACCAAAUUACUACCACUGCCGAAGCUCUUAUCACGGCGAGGAGUCAAACCCUACCCUACACGGCUGCCUCGCGUGAGAGAUACAGUAAACAGGCCAUUGUCGGUUUGGAUGGAACUCCUUUAAGCCGGCCAAGCCGUCUGCGAAAGAUCCUCUCUCGUCGCCGCGCGGGUGGAGGUGACAAGGGUGGCGGACGGAGAAACCCCUUUCGAUCUAUAUUUCGUAGUAGUGGUAGUGGUGGCGGUGGCGGAGGAAGCGGUGGUUGUGAUGAUGCUAUUAAAACUGAAAUUGUGACAAAGGUUUCGAAUAGUGCUCGCCUCUACACCACCUCUCUGCCUCCGAAUCUGGCAUCGUUACAGCCUCUUCCACUACCACUACACUCGCAUUCAAUCUCCCACAUCAACGACUAUCGGAGAAAGCAUAAAGGUGGUCGACGCAGACGCUCCUCACCGCGUAAGCUACGCCGUCACCAUGGAAGCAGUCGUGGUGGUGGUGAUGUUGAUGUGAAUCAACGAGCAGAGGUUCCUUUUUCCAACACGGGCCUACUUUUGCAACAGCCUCUACCGAUGCCGAAGGAGGGGAGUGUCUACCAUGCACCCUUGUGUGAUUGGCUAACAGAGCCCUUUGUGACCAAUGGCUCCCUUGUGUUCAGCGGAAUGUGGUCUCCUACGGGCGCAAGGUCGCCGUUAGUUCUUGUGCUAGUGGGAGAGAUACUAAAGUCGCAUAAUAAGCAUCGAGUGGCGUGGCGUAAGCAUAUGCCUCUUCUUCUGCUCUGUCUGUUUCUUGGAUUGGACCACUGCCGACCCUUGGUGCAGGAGGAGAGUAAACAGCUAUUGGUGAACAUGCUGCGCGUUAUAUGCCCUCGCAUAGACCUUCUGCGUCUCCUCUCUCUCCAGCUGGAAAUCGACUCUCAAUGGAUUGCUCGCGCCAUGAACAGUUUCUCCUUGCGUGGCCCUCAGUUCUGUCUCACCCUCGAUGAUGGUCCAUCUGUGCCAAAGUUCUACCUGCCUGCACCCACGGACACUCCACUUACCGAGAUCUCAGCCUGUCCCACGUGGGCCACCUAUUGUGUGCCCGCUUCCUCCUCCAUUGGUGCACUCACCAUAGUUGGAACAUCUGUAGCCCCACCUGCCUUCGCUGCCUCUGCCACCCCGCCGAGUGGUCUUUCGCCCCUCACCGAUGCUCCGCCUCUGACUGUCACUACCGCCACCACCAGUGGUGGCGGAAUCAUGUCGCGCUCCUCGCUAGUCGCUCAGCAGACUGUCGGGGCGCGACCAAGCUACGUGUUUGGCUCCACCUACAGCCUCAUGAGCACCGCUACUCUCAUCCCCGCGGGUCUAUCGGCGGAGCAGGAGUCAAAGCGGCGCUCGAUAGUACUGAGUGACCUGCCGCCUCCACCGCCUUCAUCUCAGCCUCCAACUUCCUCUGCUCAGAUGGUAGGGGCGGUAGCGGAUAAGGCGUUGGCAGUGUCGGCAAACGAGAUGGUGGUAGUCGCGGCGCCGUACGACUGUGAAUCGAAACAUUUGCAACAGGCAGCGAAAAGGAUUGGCCAGCUUCUAGAGGAAGUUCAAGACCGCUCCAUCUGGACCUGGGAGGACAUCACACCGAGCCGAUUUCAGCAAGUCACACUCGUGACUCUCCGCUCUAUCCUUCCUCCUUAUCCACCAACAUCACCACAACAACCAUGCAAGUCAAUUCUCCUCCUCCGCUCUGCCUGCUUCCUCGAUCGCUUCGUUCGCUGCGUGGCGGAGGCUUUUGCUGAAGCGGAGGCGGGUUGUCGGUGCGAGGAAGCUGCCUCUUGUCUGCGCUGUCACCAUGGCGCUCCUCACCGCCACCCCUACGACGGAGAAGCUGACGAAGUGGACACUGACAACCUUGGCGUCAGUGGCGAUCCGAGUGCUGAGGGUUCGGCACUUUUCCUCUUCCUCCGCUCCGGGUGCACGGUCACGCGGUUCUCCCAGGCCGCCUUCAAUAUGGGCAUCACGUGUCCCAAUCGUCACUAUGCGAGUCGGUCCCUACAAAUUUAUCGCGCAUUAGAUGCUCAGUUGGAUAAAAAGAGCCUCUCAGAGGUGUUGGUGCGACUGGUUGAGUCGGUGUCAGAUGCCAAUGAGGAAGUGCAGGGCUACAUGGUUGAGUUAUUCCUCACCCUGGAGGCAGCAGUGGGCCACAUUCAGUACCGGGGGACGGUGCUCUCCUCUUCCACCGCCACCAACAUUGGUCAGUUUGCUACUCGCAGUCGGUCUUCCGCACCCGACUCUCCAUUGAUCACCUCGAAGCCGCCGCAACCGCCUCAGUCUGCAUCGCCACUCUUGUUGGCACCGCAGGCACCAUCAUCUACACCCCCUGUGCAUGAGCGUCGUCACUCGCGUCGGGGCUCCUCUUCCUCUGUCUCCAGCCUCCUCGGUUAUCCUUCUGGCAUCGCUGGUACUGCGGCUGUGUCCGCCCCGUCGUUAGUUCCGAUGCAACCGACCGUUGGUCUGACUGUACCCCCAAUUAAGCGACCGCUAAUGCCACCGCACGCUGAGGCGGUGAGUGAGGAGACAGACGUGACCCCCUUGGCAGCACUGUCGAUGUCGACGGUGGGUCCUGUGAAACCCACUCCAAACGCAAUUAGAUUCUCUAAUAGCACUGGAGCAGCAACUGUAGUGACAAACGAUUCGAGGUCCAUCUACGAGGAUCCGGUGACAGAUUCCUCUACAGUCGGAACUUGUCGCCUGGCUCCCGAAGAGCAAGCCGACUUGUUGGCGGGCAUCUUUUGGAUUGGCGUAUGUCUUCUUGACUCUGAUUACGAGUAUGAGUAUCUCGCGGGUAUUCGCCUUCUCUCCCGUCUCCUUCCUUGCGUCUGCUCUCUCUCAAACACCGCUUCCACUGCUACCAUCACCACCACAAACUCUUCCAACAAUCGCAAGUGGACGCCUCAACAACAGCAGCAGAACCUUCCAAGUCUCCACGAUCACGUCCUAAAACUAUUUCAUCGCCUCAAAUGGACCGCCGGCACCGAGGAUGGUGACUACCCAGGCCUCCUUGGUCUCCUCCUCAAGGGAUGCUUCUCUUCCACAUUGAUCGAUACCUCCUGUCGCCUCUUAGUCCACCUCAUCCUCGCGGUUAAAUCACCAAUAGUGGAUCCCAAUGCGGAGACCCGGCAAUAUCGUCGAGCUGCGAUGAGUGGUACUUCUUGUUCUACGGGGAGUAGUACUUCCUAUCCUGGAAGCCUACCCAGUCUAGUGAUUGCUCUUCUACCCAUGCUGUUAACUGCGUGGGAUGAGGACCCCGAUAGUCCUACUUCAACUAUCCCAGAACCUGCAAUUCCUGCUGCGGAGGUGUGUGAGGCAUGUGCAGAAGGCUUGGGAAGUCCUGCGGUGGCUUCACCUUUUUCAUCACCGUCUUCAUCCUCGCCACCACCCCCUCUGGGCUCGUGGGUACAUAGGAGUGUGGUCCUCUCGGAGACCGCAGUGCCCUCGCCUUCAAGUGGACUGCUCUCUCUUAUCACUGCUAUCCUUGUUUCUGGUGCUGUGGCUAAAAAGGCACCUCAGCUGAGACCACGGAAUCCCAUUUGCGUUCUGGUGAGCAUUACUGAUGCUUAUAUUGAUUUUAGCAGUAUUGACGGUUUGACUGAACUUAGAAACCUCAUUCGUGUUUUUUUGAUGCCGAAAUUCCCGUUUUCAAAAACGAAACAGCUAGUUGUUAUUUUCGGUCUGUACGCAGCUUGGCCAUCUAAGCUACAUGUGAAUUGUCGAUUUGUUGCCUAUAGCAGCAUUGCUGGAAUCUCCGUUAGAGAUAUUGAAUCAAUGCUUAUGAUUCCGAUUGGCAAGUGCAAUCAGUUGGUAGAAAUGUUGAAUGAGGCGGCGGAGCAGCUGGCAGAGCUGGCGGUACAGACGGACGCCUAUCGAUUCAACAACUUCGCCAUUGUCCUACGCCUUUACUCUAAUGGAACCUUCUCGAGGGAUGUGAACCAGUGGGCUAAAUGCGUCACCCGCUACCUCAUGGAUGGCUGUGCUGGUCUUGGGCCACGGAUUCUCACCUUUCUAACUGCGUUUUUGACUCUGGGACCACCCUGCGUCCAACUCUCACUGUUGCACUUCGGGUACUGGUUUUUGCAAACAGUGGAACUUAAUCAAUCGGAAAUGAGCAGUCGCAUCCGGGCCUUCAUCACUGCCACCUCCGAGCGUUUUGUCAAUACACCGUUAUGGCCAGAAGUAACCCUCCUCUACCAAGUCGUGGUCGCUCGCUCCGCAACCCUCACCGCAGCGCCCAGUAAUCCCGAGGUCUACACUCUCCCGGGACUUGAUCCCUCCGGGAGCGGGCGAGUUUUGGACAGUAUUGCUGCAGCUGCUGCCGCUGCCGUUCCUCUACCCGAGGCGGAACCCCAACGCAUCGCUCUGGCUGGUCGCGUGCUCGAUUUCGAUAGCAGUGUCCUUCAAUCCGCACCACUCAUUGCCGGUGGUCGUGGACAGACCUCGCCUCGCCCUGGUGCCGCUUCUGCCACUGACCAGAGUCAGCAUCGGUCGCCUGCACGCACUGCACAUCUAGUGGAAGCAUGUGGUCUCUCUGCCUCCUUUUCUUCUUUCUUCCGCCUUGGCGCCUGGAAGACACCCUGGAAUCGACAGGCUCGGCUCCGAGGGCUGUUUACGAAUCUCCUGAACUGCUACGGAUCGGAGUUGGAUCAUUUAACGGCCCCAAGGAGUCCAUCUAAUUCUUCAAAACAGAAGGUGAUAUUCAGUCAGUCUACGGAGACUUUAGAUCGUCAGCUGAGCAUGCAUUCGAGCAGUGAAACAAACUCCAUUAAUGAUGCCAGCAAUCCUGACGACGGUCAUUUAGAUGACACUAGCAGUGCAGAGCGUGCUGCAGUUUUCCAUGACCUGGACACCUACCUGGACGCCCAGUUGAUGAACAUCAACUUCCUCGAUUUGCCUGACGCAGCCUGGCACCAACUUAUGUUUAUGGUGCGGCGAAAGCCCGAUGCUUUUAGACGUAAGCCUUCCAGCAAGACUGUAGUCUUUGCGGUUCUGAAGACUGAGAGCAUACAAAUUCGGAAGUACCCCUUAUUAGAAGAUUUGAGAAGUUGUUACCACGGCAGUUACUAUGGUACCAUCCUGCACUCACAACAACUUCUUGUUUUGGUUGAGGAGGACCAAUCACGAUGCCCAUGGGGCGUGCGCGGCCAUUCCAUCACCUCCCAUACCGAGUUCCACGAAGAAGGUGAUGAUCAACAACAGUCAGAACCACAGCUGCAGUCCCAGGGGCAACAGCAACAAACAAACCAGCCUUCUAACCUUUUCAGUGUCGGCGAAGAUAGUAGUCUUCCAAACACUACCAUCGCCACUGGGGAGCCAUUUGUUAUCUCUCCACCAGUUUGCUCACAACCUCAACGUCAGCUUCCACAUGAAGGUGAGGAGCUUGAAGUGGAAGACGUAGAGGAAGAAGAGGAAGACGAGGAUGACGAUGAGGAGGAGGAGGAGGAGGAGGAGGAGGAGGAGGAGGAGGAGGAGGAGGAGGAGGAAGAGUUAGAGGGAGAAGGAGGCGACUUUCUGGCUGUCGCCUUGCCGACAGUGCCAGAUGCGGUGGCGGAACGACAGUCACAGCUCUCGCUGCAACUUUCCGCUUCAUCCUCCGCCGCACCCGUCGCAGCCAUAGAUCCUGCGCCAAAUGUCGCACUACUAGCUCCCUCAACGCUCCAUCGGAGAUUUAAUUCACAGCUCCUGGUUGCAUGGACCUCGCGGGAUGAGAGUCCAGUCAAGUGGCUAACGGAUGCGUCUCCUACGGCUGACGUGACUGUUGGCACUGUUUCGAACAUCAGUCCGACCAUGCAAGGAUAUCAGAUAGCUCCAUCGAUAGAUUCACGAAAACUGACUCUCUCGAUACAACCGCAAGCGGUAUGCUCCCGGCGACGUCGACGGGCUUUGACAACGUUUGGUGGAUCUCUGGACUCCCUACCCGGUCAGACCAACGGGCAGCCCACUGCAGUUUUCAAGCGCGGAUCUUACGCUGUGCCCAAAAGCUUCCAGCGAUCUUCCUCCACAUCGUCCUUUCUCAAGAUUCCCACCAUCACAUCCAACGGCGUGCCAGACGUCAUGGAGGCCCCUAUGCCACCGGUAAAACCGCCACGCCGACGCCGACGCUUCGAACGCAGUCUAGAGUUAGGAACUCAGCAGCCACCUAACCUGUCUUCGAGAAUGUCCAGAAGCAGCUGCGCUCUCGUAUCUCCUCCUGAAGCUGACAAAGCUUCUUCCACAGCUGGUAUCACUCCUGAACAACUACUAAUUCCAUUUGUUGAUCUGGUUCUUUUUUAUCAGACGCCAUCGGAAACUGCCUGGACGACCUGCCAACGUCAGCUUAAGUCUCUUCAGCAGUCAUCGAUGCGAGUAAUAAUGACUAGUGCACAGGCUGAUCGUCUACGUCUUUUGUUGACCAGUUUAAGGAACACCUUUUCGGGUAUGCUUCGUCGCACAACUCUCCAGGCUGUGGAACUCGCAAAUUUGGCCUUCUUUCGAUGUCCACCGAGCAGCGAUCUUGAUUCCGAAAUUCGGAUCUCUAAUUUAAACAAAAUUGCCGCCAUUAUGGGCGAUGCUCUUCCCGUGCCCUUCUUUGCAAUUCAUCCCAACAGCGUCUCUCUUAUCGAUGAGCAUUCUGUGAGUCUGUGUCUGGAACUCAGCACGACCUACGAGGAAUGGGAGGAGGCGAUGCGGAAACUCGCUACGACCUGCAAAUCCACGGCAGCAUCUGACUGGCUACAGGUUCGUUUCACUAUCAUUGAUGCCUCUGAAAUAAUCACCGCUAUCACCAAUACCACCCACGAACGCAUCUGCCGCGACCUUCAGGAGGUGCUUCAACGCCUGCUACUCUUCUUCCGUUCCUCUGCUGAUCUCCUCACCUCUGCGUACCGUCACCUUGUGGACUCGUCGGUCGGCGUGACCGACUUCUCCGCCUCCGGCGUGGAGCCGCUCUUUGCCCGACUGCGACCCUACAUCCUCACACCUCCACCGUCAUUGCCACCUAACUCUCAAGAAGUCGGAGGGAUGGAGGCGUGGAGAGCACGGUGUGCGCGACUAUUGCUGUGGCCUCCGUAUAAUUCUUUGCGCUCUGAAGAGGUGGAUGCUAAGCGUGCCCUUGCGAUAUAUGCUGCGGCUAUGAAGUCUACAGCCCCUAUUUCAAUGGAUGACAUUAUGACCGUCUUGGAAGCCUGUUGUGAACAUCUGUGGACUGGGGCGAAUUGUAAUUCCGGCGUGGCGCUGAUCUUCGCACAAGGUCGGGCUAUCGAAUUGCGCCGAUUUGAGGCGUUUGCGGUGGCGUCAAAGAAGACAUCGACGCUCUUUUUCACCACCGACGACUUUCUUGCUUCCGACGGUGAGGCAACAUUGCCGCCACUGGAAUUUGUUGGUCGACUUCUGCGACUUCUCGAAGCUUAG